GAGAAGCAAGAGACCGAGCGAUGGUGCACUAUAAGAUGCCAGUUCCGACUCGAUCUUUGCUGAUUGCUUUAGCAUCGAGCUUUCGCAUGGGAGCCACAGGGUGCGCGAGUUUUGGGCUUGUUCCUUAAAAUUGUCUCGGAGUGGACGUCGGUGGUGGUGGUGGUGUUGGAGCUGGUGCUGUAUGUUGGGCUCGGGAAGGAUGGAAGGUGUGGAGUAUGAGAAUGAUGAGCAUGAGCGUGAGCGGGAGAAUAGCGAGGGGCUCGUGGCGGGGGGCCGUGAGAUUGCGUCGGAGCGGAUGAUGAGUAUGAGGGAUUUGUUGGACGAGUUGGAUGAAGCGGAGACGAAGCCGUCUCCGAGGAAGAAGAAGCGGAGGAACAGUCAUGUGCAGAGCUCGCUCGAGGCGGUUACUUCUCGACAGGCGGGGCGACUCGUGAGCCACUUGAUGGAGUCCGUCGAGCGGGUGGAGCAGCGGUAUCAGGGCACGGAUGACAAAUGGAGGGCUAAAGAGUGCCACCAUCUGUGUUCUUUUCACAAUUCAACUCUCGAUCCUCACCAUCGCAAGCUCCUCGUCACCGACAUGCGUGCUUCUUUCUCUGUUUUGCCACGCCAACUCAGUGCUCUCAUCGUCGCUGACCCCAAUGCUGCUUCUUAGAUUCAUUCACAGGAUUUUGCUGCAAAAUUCUGCAUCUUUUCUGGCCCGAAUUGGAUAUCCUUUGCCUCUGCAAUCUGCACCGAAAGAGCAAAGCACCAGACUAGAAAUGCUGGGCAGGCGCAGGCACGGGUGCAAUGGUGGUGCUUCAGUUUCGGAUGGUUUCAUGGUUGUAAAUAUGUAGAAAAACUUCCUCCAGUGUACAGGAUCCAACCGGCAGCAGCACGGGAUGAUCUAUGUUGCCUCGACCGAGUCUGCAGCAGCGGAUCCUUAUCAUGCAAAUGAUCUGGCAGAAAGCAGACUUAGAACCAAUAGCGUAUUUGCAUCACCAUCCACAUCAAGAAAUUCGUGAGCAAGAACAGCCACCGUGUCCGGUGAGCUGUAUGAGCUUGGAAGAGCAGGCGCAGGCAGAUGUGGGAACGUAAAUCUCAUGUCCACAGGAAUAAUUAGUCGAUGCCGCUACUUGUGGAGGUGAUGGUAUCGUUCUUGCAGAUUGAGAACUCAAAUUGUUGGACACUACGACUCGGAGUUAUUUGGAGAUUGUACCAAGAACUGAAUCCAGCCAGGAAGGUCUUGAAUGUACCAUGGCUGGGAAGUGAAGAGGCGUUAGAGAGUCCAGGCAGGGUUACGAAGCGCCUUCCCUCGGUUGUGAACUACACCUCCCAUGUUGUACUCGGCAGGCGGCUGCUGCCCGAUCUGUCAAAUGUUUUGAAUCAUUGAGAACAUUGUAGGAUGUUUUAAUGGAAGUUCUUCGGUUAGGUGGAAACCUCAUCCCGUCAUCACCUUGAACUUGUGAUGCAAGUAUUUACGGGACGGUUGUAACCCAAUUUUCAAUAAGAAUUCCAGAACUCAGAGCAUGAGCAAACGUUACUUUCUCGAUUGUAUUUC